CAGCGGCAGGGAGAUCUGCACACCCACUGGGUGGAGAAGGGGGCCAGCCAGCUGCAGGAAUUCAGCCUCAGGCUGGGGGCUGUCACCAAGGAGGAAUUUCCCCUCUUCGAAACAGACUGGGGACCCCUCCACCCCACCCCUUUCACUGUGCUUCUUAAAGGGAUCACACCGUUUUUCCUUUGACUCCAGGGAAGCCAGACUUGGGACGCUCAUGGAGACUUUGAAUCUUCCCCUCCUGCUUCCUUCCCAACUGGCAGCCUUCCUCUGGCUGGUUGAGUGGGGGCCUCCCAGGCAUGGCACUGACCAGCCGACCCAGUGCUGACUUGGCUCCUGGGCUCAUUCAGCCUCUGGUGGCAUCUUGCUUUCUCCCUCCUGGGGCACAGUGGUGAGUCAGGGGCACCCAGCCCUGAGUGUGCUUGGAGCACGUCGCUGGCACCCCUCAUCGCCCUCUCUCCCCCAAGCUGGAGGACGGUGAGGCUGUCAGGGGCUAUGAUGAGAUGAGUGGGGGCCGCUUUGACUUUGAUGAUGGCGGGGCAUACUGCGGGGGCUGGGAGGGGGGAAAGGCCCACGGACACGGACUGUGCACGGGCCCCAAGGGCCAGGGUGAAUACUCGGGCUCCUGGAACUUUGGCUUCGAAGUGGCCGGCGUCUACACCUGGCCCAGUGGGAACACCUUCGAGGGAUACUGGAGCCAGGGUAAACGGCAUGGACUGGGCAUAGAGACCAAGGGGCGCUGGCUCUACAAGGGCGAGUGGACACACGGCUUCAAGGGACGUUACGGAACUCGGCAGAGCAGCAGCAGCGGUGCCAAGUAUGAGGGCACCUGGAACAAUGGCCUGCAGGACGGCUAUGGCACUGAGACCUAUGCAGAUGGAGGUGAGCCCAGCCUGGGGCCGGCAGAGCUGGUAGGAGCCAGUGAGGAAGACUGGUGGAGGGUGGGAAGAGGGAGGGGCGAUGUGACACAGAAUCUGAAGAGCCAGGAUGUUCUUUGCUGUGUGGCGUUGGGCAAGCUGCCCUACCUCUCUCAGCAUCCAUUUCCUUGUUUGUAAGGGUGGGGCCGAUAACAGGGCCUUUGAGCAGUGUUUAGGACAAGACCUGCUGUAUAAAUACACACUCAACACACAUUCAGUAAAACCGAACUACUACUGGUUGCGUGCUAGGAUUACAAACAGCCAUGGAAUAUGCCCUGGCUUGUGCUCUAGAAGAAUUUGGGUCUAAUCUCAACUUCG